CCCGCCGCCCGCCGCCCCCACACGAUGAUUAAGCUCUUCUCCCUCAAGCAGCAGAAGAAGGAAGAAGACGCCGCCGGAGCCGCCAAGUCCGGCACCAAGAAGGCGUCGGCCGCCCAACUCCGCAUCCAGAAAGAUAUAAACGAACUAAAUUUACCUAAAACCUGUGAAAUAGUUUUCCCCGACCCCGAUGACCUCCUGAACUUCAAACUGAUCAUCUGCCCUGAUGAGGGUUUUUAUAAAGGGGGUAAAUUUGUGUUUAGCUUUAAGGUUGGCCAGGGGUAUCCACAUGACCCUCCCAAGGUGAAAUGUGAGACCAUGGUGUAUCACCCCAAUAUUGAUCUAGAGGGCAACGUCUGUCUAAACAUUCUCAGAGAGGACUGGAAACCUGUAUUAACAAUAAACUCUAUAAUUUAUGGCCUGCAGUAUCUGUUUUUGGAACCUAACCCCGAGGAUCCCCUGAAUAAGGAAGCCGCAGAAGUCCUUCAGAACAACAGGCGUCUGUUUGAGCAGAACGUCCAGCGGUCGAUGAGAGGAGGUUACAUUGGAUCCACCUACUUCGAGCGAUGCCUUAAAUAGGGGCCACACAAGCAAAUGGACUGAAUGAAGCUGGCGGGCAAACGGAAAUAAAA